AGCACAAGGAAGAGAAGGAGGUCGAGGAAGAGGUGCACAUGGAAGAGAAGGAGGUCGAGGGAGAGGAGCACAAGGAAGAGAAGGAGGUCAAGGAAGAGGAGCACAAGGAAGAGAAGGGGGUGGAGGAAGAAGAGCACAAGGAAGAAAAGGGGGUGGUGGAAGAGGAACACAAGGAAGAAAAGGGGGUGGAGGAAGAGGAAUGUAAGGAAGAGAAGGAGGUGGAGAAACACUGGCUUUUUGAUGAAAGAGCAGAUGCAAAUGAGCCUUUCCUAAAGAGAUGUAAGAUGCAGGAAGCAGUGUCUUUAGAUAAUGAUGAGGAGAAGAAAGAAUACCAUGAGUUGGCGGAUGACAAUGACAGUGAGAAUGAGAAUGAGAAUGAGAAUGUGAAUGAAAAUGAGAAUGAUAAUGAUGAUGAUGAUGAUGAUGAGGAGGAGGACGGAGCAGAGAGGCAUGAGGUUGAAGAUGGAUUUGAUGUUAUGCCUAGUGAUGAUACUCUUGUUGGGGAUGGGUUGACGGGAAAUCUACUUCAAACGAUGGAAAGUACACAGAUUGCAUUUGCUUCACAGGGGCAAGUUCAUGAUCAGUCUUCUGUUGAGCUUCUCGCUUCUAGAGAUGUGAUGCAUACAGGUGGUCCCUUUUUUGGUAGCGGAAGUAAGAGAGAGAUGGACAUUGAGCCUGACGUGGUUCAUCAUUCUCUCAAUGGCAGCAGCAAGAGGAUGAGGAUUGAGGGUGGAUGGGAUGAAAAGCCAUUAGAUUUUGGAUCAUGCAUGGACCAAAUGCAGCAGCUAAUGAUGAAGGCUAGGAUGAUGUAUGAAGCAAAGGAACAAAAUGAGGAGCAUAUCAACAUAAACCAACAAAUUAUUCUUAACGAAUUGCAUAAAAGGGACAAUGUAAUUGAGCACUUGCAUAAGUCUAAAUGUGAUGAAAUACAGAAAAGGGACGGAGAUAUUUGUCGUCUUGAACGGGAGCUUUUUAUGAUGGGAAAUAUUUUGGAUGGUUACAGGAAAGCAUUGAAGGAUACCCAGAAACAAUUCUCUGAGUACAGGAAAAAGUUCCCGCUGCCUGAAGAACCAUACUACAAAGAUGCUGGUCCUGGAGGUCUAAUGUUGAGUGCUGCUGAAAUGGAAAAGCUACGCCUCAAGCAAGAGGAAGAAACUCGAUCCAAUUGCUUAUUCUUGGAACAAAAAGCAAAAGAAGCAGAAGAAGAAUAUGCUGAUCAGUUUGAGAAUUUUAUGGAUAAGGUUCAGAUGCUGGAUAAGAGGCUGAUGGGCCUUGAGGAUGUAGUGAAGAACCUCAGAAACAUGAGUCCGAAAAGUGAAGUUCCAGAAAGUGAAGAUAAAGUUCCAGAAAGUGAGGAUAUAAUUUCAGAAACGCCCGACUGCCCUCCAGAUGAAUGAUUUACUUUGCCAAAUCUUCAAUUCCAUGGUUGAAAAGCAGGUAAAUGCCAACUUAUGGUGCUUUAUGUUGUUUUCUACCUUGUCAUGUAUGAUAAUCUCCAUGUCCAUGUAUGCCUUAUUUCAAUCUGUCAAUCACAGGUGGUCUUUUUUGUUGCAUUGUUC